GCUGAAAUAUCAUCUGUUCCAUCGAGAACUGUUUAUUUGGGCAAUAUUCCUAGUGGAAUAACUCCAUAUGAGCUACUAAACCACGUUAGAUCUGGUACAGUUGAGUCUUUGAAAAUGAUUUCAUCAAAGAAUUGUGCUUUCAUUUCUUUUCUAGAUGAGAAGUCAGCAACUUUGUUUCAUUCAGAUGCUAUUUUGAAGAGAUUGACGAUUAAUAAUCAUGAUAUCAAAAUUGGUUGGGGAAAACCGACUCCGGUCCAGCCUAUAGUUGCUUCUUGUGUCUCUAGAUAUAAUGCGACCAGAAAUGUCUAUAUCGGAAAUUUACCCGAAAAUACGUCAGAAAAAGAAUUGGCCAACGAUACCAAAGAGUAUGGUGAGAUCGACACAAUAAAAAUGAUUCACGAGAAAAAAAUUGCUUUUAUUCAUUUCACUUCUAUUUUAGCUGCAAUAAGAUGUGUUCAAUCUCUCCCCUUGAUUGAAAAAUACAAGGAUCGUAGAAUUUUUUACGGCAAGGACAGGUGUGCCUUCAUCACGAAAACUCAGCAACAUAACGCAGCUCAAUAUUUAGGUCUAAAUCCAAAUACUGAAAAUUUCUUGAGCCAAGUGGAUAGAGACUUAAUUGCAAACGCAUUAGUCCAGCAAUCAAAUGCUGCUGCAAUGAUUGCUACUACUACAGGUGGCACAUCCAAUUUGGGAAACAGAACUAUUUAUUUAGGUAAUUUGCAUCCCGAUUCAACCAUUGAAGAGAUCUGCAAUGUUGUUCGUGGUGGUAUUCUCCAAAACGUCAGACUUAUAAAUGAACGACACGUGUGUUUUGUUACAUUCAUUGAUCCAAUUUCUGCUGCUCAAUUUUAUGCAAUGUCUUCCUUACAUGGCUUGAUAAUUCACAAUCGAAAGAUCAAAAUCGGUUGGGGAAAACACUCCGGGCCUUUGCCAAAUUCCAUUAAUUUGGCUGUUGGUAAUGGUGCUUCAAGAAAUAUCUAUAUUGGAGGCUUGGAUAAGAUUCCAGAAAUCCAAUUCACAAAGGAUAAAUUGUACUACGAUUUCAAGGAGUUCGGUGAAAUUGAGCAGAUUAACUUUUUCCAAGAAAGACAUUGCUGUUUUGUCAAUUUCACCAACAUUUCCAAUGCCAUUAAAGCAAUUGAUGGUAUUAGAAACAACCCUGAUUACCAAAGGUGCAAAAUUAACUUCGGUAAGGACAGAUGUGGUAACACCCCGAGACAAUUCCAGUUGAAUGCUAAC